UAAUUAGAGGGUGAUGUAGAAAAAUACGGCGAUGAGUGUGACGCCUAAUAAUACAGGGAGGGCAAUAGUUACACAAAACAAAACAAAAAUCUUUAAAUUACCAACUUCCUUCAAACUACCCGCCAAUUUCAGGGUUUACAACUUCAAAUCUUUAACAUUUGGUCGAAAAAGGUAAUAUUUCAUGUGAAAAUGUAUAAUUGAUACACAAUUAUUUCUUAAUUUUAAAGUUUUAGCUCUCUUUUACACAUUUGAUGCACUCAAAAAAGCUCAAAAUCGAAUGGUUUUGUUCUCAUUAUCUCCACCAACUUCGAGCCUGUGCGAAACUCCAAUCUCUCUCCUCAGGCCAAAAACUCCAUACCCAGAUCACCAAACUUGGCCUACAACAUUAUGGCCCCCUCCCCAAUUCCCUCCUUGAAAUGUAUGGAAAAUGUGGUACUAUUGAUUAUGCCCUCAAAGUGUUUGAUGAAAUGCCUCGAAGAGAUUUUGUCUCCUGGGCUUCAAUUCUCACAGCUUAUAAUCAUGCUGGCUUUCCUCGAAAAAUGCUCUAUAUGUUCCUCAAAAUGUGGGAGCUUGAUAAGUUACAGCCUGACCAUUUUGUGAUUGCUAGUCUUGUUCGGGCUUGUGCUAGUUUGGGUGAUGUUAGGCUUGGUAAACAAGUGCAUGCUCAUUUUGUUGUGUCACCCUUUUAUGAGGACGAUGUUGUUAAGUCAGCUCUUGUUGAUAUGUACUCGAAAUGUGGGUUUCCUGAAUAUGCUAGAAUGGUUUUCGACUUGAUUAAGGUGAAAAAUACGAUUUCUUGGACAGCUUUGAUUUCAGGGUAUGCUCGUAUUGGGCGGAAAGCUGAAGCAGUGGAGCUAUUCAGGAGGAUGCCUAAUAAAAAUUUGUUGUCUUGGAGUGCUUUGAUAUCUGGGUUGGUGCAUAGUGGUCAUGGGAAUGGUGCGUGUAGUAUUUUUAGGAAAAUGAGAAGAGAAGUAGAUCAUGGUGCAGGUGCUGACCCAUAUAUUCUUUCAAGUGUUGUUGCAGCAUGUGCUAAUAUGGCAGCACUUCAGUUAGGGAAGCAAUUACAUUGUUUGGUUAUAUUGCUCGGGUUUGAACGUAAUUUAUUUAUCUCCAAUUCACUCAUUGAUAUGUAUGCCAAAUGCAGUGACCUUUUAGCAGCAAAAAGCAUUUUUUCAUGCAUAUCCAAGCGAGAUGUCGUGUCUUGGACUUCCAUCAUUGUUGGGAUGGCUCAACACGGCCAAGCUAAGGAAGCAUUGUUGCUAUAUGAUGAAAUGGUCAUGAAUGGUGUAAAACCUAAUGAAGUGACAUUUCUUGGGUUGAUUUAUGCAUGUAGCCAUGUAGGUUUAGUCAGCAAAGGUCGGCAUUUUUUUAAUUUGAUGGUUCAAGAUUAUAGAAUGAAGCCCUCUUUGCAUCAUUACACAUGUCUAUUGGAUGUUUUUAGCCGUUCUGGUGACCUUGACGAGGCUGAAAAACUCCUAAAGACAAUGCCAUAUGAUCCAGAUGAAGCUGCUUGGGCUGCUUUGUUAAGUGCUUGCAGGAAACACAAAAAUACAGAGGUUUCCAUAAGGGUUGCUGAUCAUUUACUGUGUUUAGGGCCUGAAGACCCUUCGUCUUAUAUUUUGCUUUCUAAUACAUAUGCUGCUGCUUCUAUGUGGGAAAACGUGUCUAAAGUUCGCAAAUUGAUGUCUAGAAUGGAUUUGAAGCGAGAGCCUGGUUAUAGCUGUAUUGAACUUGCAAAGGAGAGUCAAGUGUUCUAUGCAGGGGAAACAUCUCAUCCUAUGCAGGAAAAACUUGUUUGUUUGCUUGAGGAGUUGGAUUUGGAGAUGAGAAAGAGAGGUUAUGUUCCAGAUACUAGUUAUGUGUUACAUGAACUUGAACAGCAUGAGAAAGAAAGACAUCUGUUGUGGCAUAGUGAAAGGUGGGCUGUAGCAUAUGGUUUGCUUAAAUCUGCUCCUGGUACCACCAUACGCAUAGUGAAAAAUUUACGAACUUGUGGGGAUUGUCACACGGUUUUAAAAUUCAUAAGUUGUAUCGUACAGAGGGAGAUCAUUGUUCGAGAUAUCAACAGGUUUCAUCAUUUUAAGGAUGGUAACUGCUCUUGUGGUGAUUUUUGGUAGUCACUUACAAGUUACAAGCAUAUAGAAUCUGACUGCAGGAAGUGGUCUACCUCUUCAUUGCUUAGAAACUCCAUUUGGGAGUCUUUUAAAGGUUUUUGACACCCGUUUCUGAAACCUUUUUAUUUGUGAUACUCUAAACACAUCAUUAUGCUGUCCUCUGAAGUCUAAGCUAUCACCUGAUGAUCCGAAAUUGGGUUAUUUCAACUUUCCUGUGGUCUCUAAUUCAAGAACACCGAUUAUCAAUUUUCAUGAAGGUCUGCCAACAAUAAAGCAUUUUCUGGCGACAAAAGUUAUGCUCCUUUACCAUCCCUUAAAAGGCCUUCUCUGCAUGAUCUCCUUUGUCCUAACUCCUAAGUCAGAAAAUAUUAGCAACAUUGUUUUGUAACAAUAUGAUCAUACUGUGUGUUUCUUUAGAAAAACAUAUGAUCAAUACUGUCUGCUUGUAACAUAAAAUAAAAUGCAUAUGUUGAAGGAAUUAUGUCCUUAGACAUUUCCGGCAAUUACUAAAUAUAAA